ACGGGACUGUGCAAGUUUCAGAGCCCCGAGUACGAAACAGUGGAAUGCCUCAAGGUUGUCUCAUCUCCAGGAAGAGAAUUCCUUUCCCAGCACCUCGGAACCGUGAAUUUUACGACAUUCUUGAUUUUAACAUUGGAUGUGCGGUUGAACUAUAUGGAAGGAUAUUCAAGAUAACUAACUGCGACAGAUUUACAAGGACAUUUCUGAAUCGUUUAGGAAUUUCGGUUCCCGAUCCCAUUCCAAUGCCGAGAGAUCCAUACACGGAUAUGAGAGCU